UGGAUACAGAUCAACUAUCCUUCCGAAAGCGUGUUAUACGGUUCUCUCGCUUAUUCACUCGGAAGUCGUAUUGUAAUAAUGAACGCUAUCCGUCAGAUCCAGGCGCUCAAUAAGCGCGAACUUGAAAAUGCAAUCCCACCUGAAGCGUCCUGGCACGCCGAUUACCGAGACACAGCAUACAUCUACAUUGGUGGUCUGCCGUUCGACCUCUCCGAGGGUGACAUCGUGACAAUCUUCUCGCAGUAUGGCGAACCAGUCCACGUGAACCUUGUGCGCGAUAAAGAAACUGGGAAGAGCCGAGGAUUUGCAUUUCUAAAAUAUGAAGACCAGCGCAGUACAGACCUUGCCGUUGAUAACUUAGGUGGAUCUACAGUUCUGGGAAGAGUGUUGCGUGUGGACCACGUGAGAUAUAAGAGAAGAGAUGAUGAAGAGGAGGGGGAUAAUGUCGCAAAACUGAUGGGCGACGCAGUCGCUAAGAGUGCAGGUGAUGGAGAUACAGAUGAUGAGAGACGCAGGCGGAGAAAGAGAAGAACUGGCGAAGAUGAGCAGGGAAGACGACCUCUACUGAAGGAAGAGAAGGAGCUUGAGGAAUUAAUGGUGAACCACGAUGAGGAGGACCCGAUGAAGGAGUAUCUCAUACAGGAGAAGAAAGAGGAAGUCGCGCGAGCGCUAGAGAAGCUUAGCCGAGAAAAACCAUCCCGCAGACGAGAAUCUAGUAGGGAGAGGUCGAGUCGCCAUCAUCGUCACCGCCACCAUCGUCGCCGACAUGAUGAGGACCGCUCUCGUUCUCGAGAGAGGAGUACUCGGCAUCGAUGGUCGCGCUCAAGAGAAGAGCGAUCCUAUAGGAACAGAUCACCACCAAGGAAGGAGAGAACCUACAGAGAUAGGACACCGGUAGGAUCACGAUCGCCUCAACCACAGCGGAAUCGAGAUAGGGAGGACCGACACAGAUAAAUCUCUAAUAUGUGGUAAUGAUUUAUAUGAAAGGGUAACAGACUUGGUCAUAGUCACUACAUGGUCACUGGGGCGCACUUGAUGAGCCCGCCAGCUCGCCAGAUGCUCAUCAUCUCAACGAUGAAAGAAUGCACGGAUCAGCCGAAGCGUGGGAUAAAAGCCACCAAUUGAAGUAGACACUCUGACGU